AUGCUGGAAAAUGACCGUCUGGACAUUUUGGGUACUCAACCUACCCUCCACAAGUUAUACACCCAAAUCUGUUCCGUCUAUCCCAUUCCUGACCCAUCUUCCCAUGGCCAUAUUGUCGGCACCUUGAGAAAUGGACUGAACAGACUGGGGGAGAGCUUCCCAUGGCUCGCCGGAAUUGUCAUCAACGAGGGAGCAAGUGAAGGCGUUACUGGUACAUUCCGGAUCGCUCCAACAGCUGAGAUCCCGCUCGUCAUCAAAGAUUUACGAACCGAUCCUUCGGCGCCAACAAUAGACUCCAUGCGCGAAGCCAAAUUUCCAUUUACCAUGUUCGACGAGAGCGUCAUUGCACCUUGCAUGACACUUAACCUACCUGGAAGCUCCAUCGGCCUGGUGGCCGAGACUGGACCUGUGUUUGCCGUACAGGUGAACUUCAUAUCCGGGGGUCUUGUACUCACCUUUGUUGGGCAACACAACGUUAUGGACAUGGCCGGGCAGGCAAGUAUCAUCAACUGGUUGUCCAAAGCUUGCUAUAAUCUCGCCUUCUCUGAUGAAGAGCUAUUCAUUGGGAAUAUGGAUAAAAGCAAAUCUGUUCCCUUGCUAGAUGACUCGUGGGAACCGGGCCCUGAGCUAGAUGUUCAAAUGGCGAAUCUUUCACCAAAAUCUACCAGUAAUAAUACAACUCUCUUGGAAGAAGCCCCGUCAAUUUCCUCCUGGCGCUAUGUUGAAUUUGCCGCGGCCUCGUUGCAGGCCUUAAAGUCUCUAGCGACGCAAACCAAAGACCCUCACUGUGGCUUCAUCUCGACCGAUGAUGCCCUCUGUGCUUUUAUCUGGAAAUGCACAUCCCGGGCCCGUGAGUCUCGACUCGAACCCGGGACACUGUCGACAUUUGCGCGCGCACUUGAUGCCCGGCAGUGCUUGGGCAUCCCCAGCACAUACCCUGGAACGUUAUCGAACAUGGCGUACAGCAAAUCCGCAUUGCAAGAUUUGAGUCAAGAGCCUCUAGGAAUUAUUGCGUCACAGCUGCGCAGACAGCUAGACCCCAAAGUCCGAGACUUAGCCUACGACACCCGGGCCCUCGCGACGUUUCUGAAUCGUUGCGCCGACAAGAGCAAAAUCCUUAUCACGGCAGCAGUUGACAUCUCAUCCGGUAUGUUGCUUAGUUCGUGGGCCAAAGUUAACCUUUACGACCUCGACUUCAACCUUGGGCUUGGGAAGCCGGAUGUUGUGCGCCGACCGCGGUGUGUUCCAGUUGAGAGUCUCAUAUAUAUUAUGCCAAAGUCACCGAAUGGUGAUCUGGCAGUUGCACUUUGCCUUAGAGAUGAAGAUUGGGAACGGCUGAAUGUUGAUAAAGACUGGAAAAAGUACGCGGUGUAUAUAGGAUGA